AUGACGCUCACCAAGCGGGACUCGCACGGCAGUCCGUCCGACGUCGACAACAAGGCCGACCAGCAUCUGCGCCUUUCGCACGAGAAUGACUCUGCCGACCAGAUCCUCGAGAACCUCGGGUACAAGCCCGAGCUGUCGCGAAACCGAUCGACUUUCCAGGUUGCCUUCAUGUCCUUUGUGCUGGCUUCAAUUCCCUACGGUCUCGCAACCACCCUUGUCUACCCCAUAACCGGCGGCGGUCCCGUCGACAUCAUCUGGGGCUGGGUUGCUGUCUCGGCCAUUAUUGUCUGCGUCGCCGCGUCUCUGGGUGAAAUCACCAGCGUCUACCCUACCGCCGGAGGUGUCUACUACCAGGCCUUUAUGCUUGCGCCCGCUAAAUGGCGUAGGAUUGCUAGUUGGAUCUGCGGCUGGGCAUACCUGGUCGGCAACAUCACCAUUACCCUGGCCGUCAACUUUGGUACCACUCUGUUCUUCGUCUCGUGCGUCAACGUCUUUGCCCAAGACGACGACCACCCGGUUCUGGAGGGCAAGCCUUACCAAGUCUUCCUCAUCUUCCUCGGCAUCACUCUUCUGUGCAACGCCGUCUCUGCCCUCGGCAACAAGUGGCUUCCCUGGAUUGAUACUGCCGCCAUCUUCUGGACCUUUGCCGGUGUCAUUGCCAUCAUGGUCUGCGUGCUUGCCAUUGCCAAGAAUGGUCGCCACGAUGCCAAAUGGGUCUUCACCUACUUUGAGAACAACUCGGGUUGGCCCGAUGGUUGGUCAUACAUGGUUGGUCUGUUGCAUGCGGGAUAUGCGACCUCUUCCACCGGAAUGAUUAUCUCCAUGUGUGAAGAAGUCCAGCACCCUGCGACUCAGGUUCCCAAGGCCAUGGUUGCCACCAUUGGCAUCAACACUGUUGCCGGCUUGCUCUUCCUCAUCCCGCUCGUCUUUGUCCUCCCCGAUCUCACCAUGCUCGCCAGCCUUGCCUCUGGUCAACCCGUGCCCCCUAUUAUCAAGUCUGCCAUUGGAAACUCUGGCGGUGCUUUUGGGCUCUUGUUCCCAAUCAUGGUGCUUGCUCUCAUUUGUGGCAUCGGCUGCACGACUGCCUCUUCCCGCUGCGCCUGGGCGUUUUCCCGUGACGGUGCCGUGCCCGGAUCCAAGAUCUGGAUGAAGGUCAACCACACUCUCGACGUCCCUCUGAACGCCAUGAUGCUCUGCAUGACUGUUGAGAUUGUGCUUGGUCUGAUCUACUUUGGAUCCUCGGCCGCCUUCAAUGCCUUCUCGGGUGUUGGUGUCAUUUCGCUUACUGCCUCAUACGCCUGCCCAAUCGUCAUUAGCCUGCUGGAUGGUCGCAAGGCCGUCAAGGCGGCCAAGUUCUCGCUGGGCAGAUUCGGAUACGUUGCCAACAUUAUUGCUAUUUCUUGGUCCGCCCUUGCACUUCCGCUCUUCUGCAUGCCCUCGGCUAUCCCCGUCCAAGCCACCACUGUCAACUACGCUCCUGCAGUAUUCGUCGCGGCCGUUGCCAUUUCAGGUAUCUGGUACUGGGUCUGGGGUCACAAGAACUACGCCGGUCCCCCUGUCCAAGGCGAGUAA